GAGUGCCCCGCUCACAACAUCGCCCCCGAAACCAAAUGACAGUGAUGAAACCUGUGACAGUGGGGACGUAUGCUACGUCGACCGAGGGAUCUCCGCCUUUUGAUGCAGAUGUUGUGAUAAUCCCACAGCCAUCUGUCAUCGACAAUGAUUGCGAGGGUGUGAGAUCCCCUUUGCUGAUACCAUCGAACAGGACGUGAUUGGGUAACACUCCCCUGCGGUUGUGUUAUUCUCUUCUGUGAUUGAGGUACAGUCCUCUGCAAAUGUUGUGCAGCCCCUUGUGAGUGUGGUAUAGACUCCUCGCGAGCGUUGUACUUCACGUGAGCUUAUCUGAUGAGAAUUGACUCUGUCAAACAAAAAGGGUAGAGCAUGGUGUAUUAUAAAUGCAGCAGGGUGCCAGAAAGGGCAGCGGGGUCCCCCACCCUGCUAUUAAAGUCUAGCUGGAGCACUGCAGUCUAGUGCUCAUUUUCCAUGCUGAUAAGGAAGCUGAUAAGGUCAAAAAUGAAGAAAAAAAAUCGGUAUGCCAAUUUAACUUCACCAAUCAUAGCAUGUCGUUGCCUAGCAACCAAGUGGAACAUAUGAGCGGGCGGUCUCGCUCUGUGUCGCCAAGGAGACACCGUAUACGCCAGACACACGACAUAUCAGAGUACGAAACCGUGCGCACCCCGCGAGGGUCGGGCAACACGCCUUCAAUAGUUGAACUAGAAAACCUACACAUGGAACGGUCGGGAGAGUUUUCCGUGAGACUGGAGAACGAGGGCCGCGGCAGCCUCCCACCGCUCACACACGGCAGACGGAAGCCGAUUCAAGCGUUCCAGCCGCAAGUGACGUCACGGUUUGAGGGCCGGAAAAAGACGACGGUAUAUGUAGCGUUCGUGUUCCUGAAGAUUGGUCAGGUGGAGACCAUCAAAGAGUACUUCGAGGCGGACGUCUUCUUGCAGGCGCGCUGGAGGGAGCCCGCUCUAGACAACACAACUGUGAAGGUGAAGGACUUCAGGGAGUACUGGACUCCCCAGCUAGUCCUCCAGAACAUAUUCGAGGACCCAAAGGAGAAAGUGUGGCACGAAGUCCGCCUCAAGGGCCGCGGGGAGGCGUAUAUAUACGAGAUGAGGCGCAUUAAGGGCAAGUUCUUCGAGAAGAUGGAACUCAACACCUUCCCAUUCGACGUACAGAGCAUAUCUCUGGUGCUAUCCUCUGAGCUGACUAAUAACAAGUUGGAAAUCGUGGAAGACAUGGACGAGGUCUCUUGCAUCUACGUAGACUGCUUCUCGGACAGUCAGGAAUGGGAGUUACACAACUUCGUAGAGCUGGAACCGCUGGAGAUCUCAGCCCAGUACACACGUGACCGGAAGAAUUACCCGGGGCUCGUGACUACCUGUUGCGUCUCCCGCAGGUCGGGCUUCUUCGCAUGGAACGUUCUCGUCAUCGUGAACUUGCUCAGUAUAUUCGCAUUCACGACGUUCGCGGUGGACCCGACGUUGACGCAGAACCGACUGCAGCUGUCUUUCAUCCUCAUCCUGGCUGGCAUCUCAUUCCGUUUUGUCACAAACCAGAGUAUGCCCAAGAUCUCCUACCUCACACAUCUUGACCGAUACGUUUUGAUAUCGAUGAUGUUUGCUGGUUUCAUCUGCUUCUGGCACGCGGUCGUCUCGCGCUUCAAGUAUGACGUCGAACUGCAAAACACCCUGGACUUCGCCGCGUUCAUCGUCUUCCUCAUCUUCUUUUUCGUCUAUAACGUCGGCUUCAUCAUCCUCAUGGUCUACCAGAACCGGAGAAACAUACAGGAAAUACGAAAUAGGGAGAAGAAGUUUGAGUCGAAAGCGUUUGGCGUAAUGGGGGAGCUGUGGACAUCCGUGAAGGAGAAUGUGUCAGCCCCGGUAAACUUCCUGUCUCGCAUCGACAAGACACGUGCCUUCAUUCGUCACAGACACAGAUAGUAUCCAGCCGGCUCCAACAUCCCCCACUGCAUCGGAUAACGUCCCCUCUCCAAUGGACAUCGACACCUGUUCUAGUAGUUUGUUCGGCCUCAGUAUCGUAGAUUUUCGCUGUCGGGGUCAUUCUGUCUGUUAAAAUCUAAUUAUAUGUCUGUCUUUUGACAGGAAGUAUUACAGUUUAAUGUUGUACAUCGGAGUCCUUUACCCAGCAUGACUACAUUUGCAAUAACACACACUGCUGCAUAGCCUUUUCUAGAAACAAGAUAAUGAUUCUUUGCAUCUGUCAUACAUUGCUACAGAAUUUUACGAAUCUUGUCUGUAAGAGCUGAAGGUUUUUCAAUAAAAUAAAGUAUGUAUAAUGUUUUACUUGCAAUGAUAUUGUCCGUGACUUUCUUACAAAUAAUCCAGUAAAAUAAAUGAUCAUGGUUGAAAGGGGUAAAGCAUGAGCCUAUAAUAGUAAAUGGCCAUGACAAAAGCUAUUACGACUGAUUUGUAUUUUAUUUUUGUGUUUGUAAAUUAUCUGUUUCAGCUGCACUCUCACAGAUUGGCCGUUUUGAUAUAAAAAAAAUCUUGGAAUGAGCCAAUUUCUGCGUAAAUGUCUGAAAACCAGUGAUAUAAGAUUUCUGACAAAAGAUCAGAUCGCAGUUUUACGAGAAUUUACUUUCUAUGGCUAAAAAUGUUAUUUAAUCUUUCAGAAUAAAUGAAAUUGAGAUCUGUUUUAUUUUGAGUUAUCUUAUAUGAAAUUUGUUGAAGGCAUUGAUAGCAAAAUCAGCUGAUCCUGAGACAAAAAUGUCAAAAACUGUCAAUCUGUGAGGGUGAAGCUUUAAUAAUGGGUUAUGUAUUAAGUGCUUUAUGAUAAUAAUUACAUACAUAUUUCUAUUCUUAUUAUGAUAUGAUGAUAUUAUUUGUGAUACAUGUUUAUAAACUGUAGAUAUAAUUUAUUAAAAUGCUGCAUUUAUAAAUGCAGGGGUAUAACUUUUAAUAGCUUUUAUCUGUGAUAAAAUAAUCCCUGUGAGUAUCGAUUUGUGAUUUGUUUUUUUUUUUUGUUCGUUGUCGGAAAAUAAAGAGCAGCAUUAAGUAUAACGUGUUUGCAUUUAGUUUCACUGAAACAGUAUUGAAUUUUGUUAUUUAUGAAAUGUCUGGUCUUAAUAAGACUGUUGUAUUAUCUUUUAUAAAAUAAACACAUAAAUAUA